AAACAUGCUGAAUCUAUCAUUAAUCAUCUACCAGUAUAAAACAAGUCCAUGUCUGGCAGUAAAUCGUGGAUUUAUGGUCCGCAGACCUGUUUAAAACUAUUUCUAAUUUCUUCUUGUAGUAGCUUUUUAUUUGAGUAUUUGAUUUUAUUUAGUUUAGUCUUGACCCUGUAUCAGAGAGGGAGCCCUACUUCUGCCGGAUAUCCACUCUUCUCCACUAUUUCCAUGAUGCUUAAGGUUGGACUUGGUGGUUCUCUGUUCUACUGACCCUUUGAACAAGGGUCCACUUACUCUAAAACCAGUUAACCGGCUUAUCUUCUCUGAACGUGGUCCACUGCUCUUUGCUGACCCUGUGUCCAGAAGCCAAUUCAUCUUCAGGCUGUUUUAGUUGGUCCACAUUUUUUCUGCCUUCCUCUUGGACUGCGUCUGGAGGUCCACUUUUUUCUGCUGACCCUCUGUUCAGUACUCUUCUUGGUCCACUCCUCCAUGGGAACUGAGAACGUUCCACAGUGGAGAUGAGAGCCGCGCUCUGCUGCCUCCUCGCGUGCUGCUGCUGCUGCUGCUGCUGCUUCACUGUGCUGCAGGCCGCCGCUGCGACCAGGACCGAGGAGGCACCGAUUCCUCGAGAGCUGAUCGAGAGACUUGCCAACAGCGAGAUCCGCAGCAUGAGCGACCUGCAGCGGAUUCUGGAGUUAGACUCUACAGAGAACGAGGUGGUGCAGGAGACGAAAUGGCGCUACGAUAAAGAACGUAUCAACCACAAGACCAACUACAAGAGCUUAUACACACACCACAGACGCAAGAGGAGCAUUGAGGAGGCGGUUCCUGCGGUGUGUAAGACCCGGACGGUGGUGUAUGAGAUCCCACGUUCACAGGUCGACCCCACAGCGGCGAAUUUCCUCGUUUGGCCCCCGUGUGUGGAGGUGACGCGCUGCUCCGGGUGCUGCAACACCAGUAACAUGCGCUGCCAUGCCAACAAGAAAACACACCGGACUGUCAAGGUGGCAAAGAUUGAGUACGUACGUCGGAGGCCGAAGCUGAAGGAGGUUCAGGUGCAGCUGGAGGAUCAUCUCGAAUGUGUGUGUGUGUCCAAACACCACACAGAGUCCCGACUACACACAGAUAUACGGUGAUUCUGAUUGGGGAACAAAAAGAAGAGCGGUCAAAUAGAGAGCUGAUCGUCCAAUCAGAAUCCUUGGUUCCGUCAGAACUCAGCCAGUGAGAAGGCAAACUUGAUCAAUCAAUCAUGGACUCACUUUGCCCACACUGAGCUGUGGGGGAGCUCUGAGCAAAACACUUGGACCUUGAUGAGAGAGACUCUGGGACUCGACGUGUUUGCAUCACUCAUGGAUUUAACGUUGAAAAAGCUGAAUUAGCUUUUUUUUAUUAUGGAGCUGUAACCUUGGUAACGGACAGUGACGUUGCUUGGGUUCGAUUCUCCUUGUAACCAACAGAUUUACACGACUUUUCACUUCUGUAGCUACAUUUCUUCAACCAACACUGAUUCAGUCUGAUUAGAUCUCAUAUACAGUAUGUACAGUACAGUACAGUAGCUAAACGCUCAAAUGUAGCCGCUAAUAAACUAUUUAUAAAUACAA